UCUCCUCUGCUUCCAGCACCACCACUGUUGGCACUGUCACCUCCCGGGUGACCAGGAAUGGGGAUGCUGUUAUGGAGAAGGACCUACUCAAUCAUGAGGACUUGGCAGGAGACCGGGGCAUGGUAGAUGAUAUAUUUGAUGAGACCUACCAGGAGAAAGAGGGCCCCAAGCCCGCCGUGCGAUAUGUCUGGAGGAAUAUCAUCCUCAUGAGCCUGCUGCAUUUAGGGGCCGUAUUUGGGUUGAUGCUGAUACCUUCUGCAAAGAUCCAGACCUUAGCAUGGGCUCUUCUGUGUUUCCUGGUGAGUGCUAUGGGAAUAACUGCUGGAUCUCACCGUCUCUGGAGCCAUCGGUCCUACAAAGCCACACUGCCUCUGCGAAUCUUCUUGACUAUUGCAAACUCCGUGGCCUUCCAGAAUGACAUCUACGAGUGGGUCCGGGACCACCGCGUUCAUCACAAGUUCUCCGAGACAGAUGCAGACCCGCACAACGCCAAGCGGGGCUUCUUCUUCUCCCACAUCGGCUGGCUGCUGGUGCGCAAGCACCCAGAUGUCAUAGAGAAGGGCCAGAAGCUGGACUUGAGUGACAUAAAGGCUGACAAAGUGGUGAUGUUCCAGCGGAAGUAUUACAAGCCCUCGGUGGUGUUGCUGUGCUUCAUGAUGCCCACUUUAGUGCCCUGGUAUUUCUGGGAUGAAUCCAUCAUCAUCAGCUUCUUCAUUCCAGCCAUCCUGCGCUACACCGUAGGGCUCAAUGCCACUUGGCUCGUGAACAGCGCUGCUCACAUGUUUGGCAACCGGCCCUAUGAUCGGCACAUCAACCCACGGGAGAACCCCCUGGUCAGCCUGGGGGCCUUAGGAGAAGGCUUCCACAACUACCACCACACCUUCCCCUACGACUACUCCACCAGUGAGUUUGGCUGGCGCUUCAACUUAACCACAGCCUUCAUUGACCUCAUGUGCCUCCUGGGGCUGGCCAGCGAUCGCAAGAAGGUCUCCAAGGAGGUCAUUCUGGCUCGGAAAAUGCGGACUGGAGAUGGGAGUCACAAGAGUGGCUGAGUUCCUGCUCCCAUUCACACACGCAUCCACACCUCUCCCUCCUUUUUUUUCCCUUUCUCCCUUCCUGACCCCUCCGAACACGCUGGACAAAGGUUUAAUAUUCUGUUUACUAACUACUGAAUAAUGCUACCAGUUUGCUCAAGAUAAUGAGUUUUAACCCCCCUCCCACGCUAUAUUUUACGUGAUGUAUUUAAGAUCUAGGACUCUGCCUUUAUAACGCAAGGCCACCCCUUCCCCCUUCUCCUUUUCCU